AUGGAAUCUAGACUGUUUCAAAACCUCCUCUCCACCCUUCUUCUAUUGUUGCUGCUUCCAUUUCUUCUUGCCAUGGGGUCAGCUUCACUUGCAUCCCAAGGGAGGGCCCUUCUCCAGUGGAAAGCCAGUCUCCAAAGCCAAGGACUAUCCCUUCAAUCUUGGAAACCCAGUGCUAGUCCAUGCAACUGGACUGGAGUAACAUGCAACGUCACAAGAAGAGGACUAAGGGUGAUCACUGAGAUAUAUUUGUCCAAUACAAGUCUUGUGGGAACGCUGGAUGCUCUCAACUUCUCUGCUUUACCAUCACUCACCAAUCUCAACCUCAGCUUCAACCAGCUCGAUGGAACCAUCCCUCCAACCAUCGCCACUCUUUUCAAGAUGAGCUCUCUUGAUCUCACCAGUAAUCAACUCACAGGGAAAAUUCCAUUCGAGAUUGGCUCGAUGAGGAGGCUCCAGUUCUUAAAUCUAAGUGAGAAUCAGAUAAGUGGCUCCAUCCCUCCAUCCUUAGCUAAUCUGAGUAGGCUUAACUACCUGUUGCUGUAUGGCAAUAGCCUUUCGGGUACCAUUCCAGAGGAAUUAGGAAGGCUUCGGAAUUUGGUGUUCUUGAAACUUGCUGACAACCUCCUCACAGGUUUCAUCCCUCCAAGUUUAGGAAAUUUAACCCGGCUUUAUAAGUUGGCUCUCUAUGACAACAAGUUAUCUGGCACCAUCCCUCAAGAAUUAGGAAAUCUUGCAAGUUUGGUUAAAUUAGUGAUCUCUAACAACAGUCUAACAGGAUCCAUCCCUUCCAGUUUAGCAAAUUUGACCAUGCUUUCUAUGUUAUACCUUUACAAUAACAAUCUCACUGGUACGGUCCCUCGAUCUUUUGAUAAUUUAAGGAACCUAACAGACGUGCGCUUAUUUAAUAAUAGUUUCUCUGGAUCGUUGCCAGCUUUUAAAAAUUUGGUUUUCCUUGACUUGCUUGGCAACAAUUUCUCUGGCUAUCUACCACCAGAGCUGUGCAGUGGAGGAAUGCUUCAGCAUCUUGUUGUGAGUUACAACAAUUUUGAAGGUCCCACACCAAGAAGCUUGAGGAAUUGUUCCUCCUUAACCAGGGUUCGAAUGGAAAGAAACCAACUAAGUGGCAAUAUUUCUGAAAGCCUUGGAGUUUAUCCAUAUCUGAAUUAUAUUGAUUUGAGCUUCAACCAGUUCUCUGGUAACUUAUCAGCCAAAUGGGGAAAAUGUGCUAAUAUAACAAGCUUAAGAAUCUCCAAUAACAAGAUCACUGGAAAAAUACCCCCUGAAAUUGGGCAACUAGCUCAACUUAGAGUACUUGACCUUUCUUCGAAUUUUUUGGUAGGCGAAAUUCCAAAGAAUGCAAGCAUGUUAGUCUCUCUAUACCAGUUAAAUUUAAGCAACAACAAAUUAUCUGGAGAAGUGCCAAAAGAUAUUGGAAAACUGUCCAACCUAGAAAUUCUUGAUUUAUCCAAAAACAACUUGAGUGGAAGGGUGCCAGAAAAGUUAGGUGAUUGCUUUAAACUUCGCUUGUUAAAACUUAGCAGCAACAAUCUGAAUGGUAACAUACCCUUUCAAAUUGGCAAUCCAGUAAACCUAUUGGACUUACUAGAUAUGAGCCACAACUCUUUAACAGGAGAUAUACCAUCACAGAUUAGCAAAUUGGUUAUCUUGCAGGAUCUAAACCUAUCACAUAAUGAGUUGUCUGGGCUCGUUCCACCUUCUUUACGUGAUAUGAUUAGCUUGUUGUCCAUAGACCUAUCAUAUAAUGAAUUGGAGGGUCCACUUCCUGAUAGCCAAUUUAUCCGAAGAUCUCCAAUAGAAUGGUUUGCCCAUAACAAAGGUUUGUGCGGCGAAGUGCAAGGUUUGCCUCCAUGCCAUACAUUUUCAACAAGCAAAGCUGGUUCAGCGAAACAUCACAAGGUUGUUCUGCUAGCCACUGUUCCUGUUGUUGGUACCUUGUUCCUUCUAUUUCUAUUUGGUGGAGCCACUUUUCUGCUUCUGAGAAGAAGGAAUAACACUGUACAAGAUGCAAGUCAGAAGAUGGAGGGAGGUGCAUUCUCUAUAUGGAAUUUUGAUGGGAAAGAUGCAUAUGAAGACAUCAUCCAGAGCAGUCCUGCCAAAUGGCAAGAUAGUUGCUGUCAAAAGGAUUAA